AUGGAAAAGAAAGUUAAAAAGAGUGAAGAAAACAUACCAAACUCUAAUAAGAUGUCACUGAUAAGAAUGUUAAGAGGUAUAACAUGUCUGAUGGUGUUGGUUUCAACAGCUUUUAUGAUGUUGAUUUUCUGGGGGUUCUUAUCAGCUGUAGUGGUGAGGCUUUUCAGCUUACACUACAGCCGUAAAUGUGUUUCUUUCUUCUUUGGCUCCUGGCUCGCCUUGUGGCCUUUCCUCUUUGAGAAGAUAAACAGAACCAACGUUAUCUUCUCUGGGGAUAAGGUUCCUUGCGAGGAACGUGUGUUGCUCAUUGCGAAUCACCGAACAGAGGUUGAUUGGAUGUACUUCUGGGAUCUUGCACUGCGUAAAGGACAGAUUGGGAACAUGAAGUAUGUGCUUAAGAGCAGUUUGAUGAAGUUACCUCUCUUUGGUUGGGCCUUUCACCUCUUUGAGUUUAUCCCCGUUGAGCGGAGAUGGAAAGUAGAUGAAGCAAACUUGAGGCAGAUGGUUUCCAGUUUUAAGGAUCCUCGAGAUGCUUUGUGGCUUGGUCUUUUCCCUGAAGGCACAGAUUACACAGAGGCUAAAUGCGAAAGGAGCAAGAAGUUUGCAGUUGAGAAUGGCUUACCAAUACUUAACAAUGUCUUGCUUCCCAAGACAAAAGGGUUCGUCUCCUGCUUGGAGGAGUUGAAUGGCUCACUUGAUGCAGUUUAUGAUGUGACCAUCGGUUACAAAACCCGUUGUCCAUCUUUCUUGGAUAAUGUCUAUGGUACUGAACCAUCAGAAGUUCACAUCCACAUCCGUCGCAUCAGCCAAAACCUAAUCCCGAAUCAAGAAAAAGAAAUCAAUGCUUGGUUAAUGAACACAUUCGAGAUCAAAGACCAGCUUCUCAGUGAGUUCUACUCUCGUGGCCAUUUCCCUAACAAAGGAACAGAAAAAGAGUUCAGCACAGUAAAGAACCUCAUAAACUGCUUGGCGGUGAUUGUGUUCACGAUCAUCUGUACGCAUCUCACCUUCUUCUCGUCGAUGAUCUGGUUUAAGAUCUAUGUCUCUUUGGUCUGUGCCUACUUGACCUAUGCUACUCAUUUCAAUCUGCGUCCUGCUCCACUUGUUGAGACUGCAAAACAAGCUUUCAAAUUAGUUAACAAAUAAACCUAUCUUUUAAUGUUUAUCUUUUAGUAUUAUAUUCUGAGUUUAAGACUCGACUCAGUUUCUACUUUAGUAAAUGUCAACUCAUGCUGCAAUAAAUGAUGAAGUCUAUCUUUUA